AUAGCUAGGAGUUUAGUUAAUAGUUUUUGACAAAUAAAUAACAAAAACCCUUAAGGCGAUAAUAUAAACGUCAAGAGAAUUACCACAAAAAAAGCCACAAAAUGAAUAAUCUUGAAAAUCAAGCUACUGAUGUUAAUAACGCUAGAUCCUCUGAUGAAUCUAAUGAAGCUUCACAUUCAAACGCUAAUAAUGUGAUUAAUGAUCAAAAUAAUCAAGAUAUGUUUAAAGAAUGGUGUGAAGAAGAUGGUGAUUUUGAAAUUGAAGUUAUGCAACAACAAGGUGAUCAUCACGAAACUCAACCGCCAUCAUCAUCAUCACCACAACAACAACCUGCUCAACUUAAUGGUAACGGUGGUUUCGAUUUUAAUGAUAAUAUGGUUAAUUCGGGUCAAAUUUCGUCACUUAAUGAUGACGAUCAAACAACGAAUAAUGUUAUGGGAGGUGAAAAACAAAAUAACGAAGAAGAGGUCGAAGCUUCAAAAUCAUCUACCACAAAUAAAAAUAAUGAUGAUACUGUUCAUUUUGAAGAAGAUUUGGAUGAUAUGAUGACUGAUGAAAUUGGUAAAACAAAUAUUGGUAAUUUAUAUACUGCACAAAAUAGUGAAGUUCCUGUACAAUCAGUUUUGAUUGAUCAAAAGGAUGUUGUUACUUUAGAAGAUGAGAUCAUUAAAUCUCAAUCCCCUGAAAAAGUUCAGAAAUCUAAACAAUCACCACAAAAAGGAAAACAAAAGAAGGGUGCAAGGAAAUCAAAAACUGAUACAGAAUUAUCAGUUACUGAGGGUACUAAAACGACACCAAUCAAAAAUAAAAAUGAUCAGGAGGAUGAUCUGAAUGAUCUGAAUGAUCCAUUAGAUUCAGAUAAUGAUCCAAAAACAAAAUCUGGCAGAAAGAUUCAAAGGCCAGAAUAUUUUAAUCCUACAAAUUUUGGACGUGGACGCAGAAGGUCUUCGUUUGAACCCUUGGCUAAUGAUUCUUUAAGGAAAACAAAAAGACAAGAAAGAGCAAGGGUAAAGAUAUAAUUGUUUCACAAGAAUCUGAAAAUGUAUUAUCAGAUCCAAAUAACCUAUCUGGAAUAUACCUGAAUGUUGAAGAAGAUAAUAUAGUAUGCACUAUUUGCUGUGAUGGUACUUCAGCAAAACAAAAUUGGAUCGUAUUUUGUGAUAAAUGCGAUGCGCCUUAUCAUCAGUUGUGUCAUAAGCCUAAAAUAGAAGAUAUUGUCGUACAAGAUUCGCAAACGGAGUGGAUAUGUGCAAAAUGUAAAAUUUC